CAUUGUUUGGAACGAAAAGCAAAGUUCCAAUAUUCUCACUCAGUUUUCGUCAAUUAUCAAUGUCCUAAAUCGUUGUUGCGAGUUGACUGUUGACUAUUGCGCGUCGUCGCGUACCGCGUGAGAAUGUCCUCGGCAAGGUUAUCGAGCGCCUGGGAGGACAACAAGUCCCGCUCGGAGACGGUUCUCUGCCCGGAUAGGUAUUCUGCUUCAGCUAAAGGACGUUAUUCCGCCAAUUCCGGUGGAAUGUCCCGAAAUGGAAGCAGAGAUGAGAUCAAGCUGCACAAAAGUUUGGAAGAAAUUUCCAAGGACAUUAAGGAACUGGAAGAUUUCAUAUCCGUUACGGAGGAAAUCCUGAAAAAGGAGCGGGAAUUUGACGAACAGCUGUACAAAAGGGAACGCCAACGGAAGGCUUUCGAGAAGAAGAUGCAACAGAUUAAGAAUAAGUGCAGUCCAACGAAAAUGUGCUUCGGAAGGCCCGAUAGUUCCAGGGUCAAAUCGCCGACCUUCAAAGUGAAUAUUACGCAGAAGAGGCGUAUCAAAUCGUUAAGUCCAAAGGGUUAUAAGUCCAAGUUGUACUUUAGAAAUGGGAAAAUUGGCUGCCUGGAUGCGGAAGAAGCGGUGUCCAAUCUGAAAAGUACGCAUGAAAUAGUCAAACGGAUUAUCAAUGAUGAGAAUAACAUGUUGGUCAAAUUAGAACAUCAGCAUUUCACGAUGGGCCCCAAGUCGGAAUCGCCGACCUCGGUUGGAACUCCCCUGGAGAGUUUGCAGAUGUGCGUUACGGAAUCGGCGACUUCUCUCUGCGAUGAACCGUAUAAAGAGGCAAGCGACGAACCCGAAGAUAAUGUCUCCGAUCCGAAGGCCGACAGCAGCGAUAGUAACGAGAGAAUCAUCGAAGACAUGGAAGUCACGAGUCCCCCACCGGAAGACAACGAUUUCGUAACAGGUCGUCUGAGACAUCUCGCGAAUCGAUUCUCGGAAAGAACGAAGCGCAUGAGAAGUAAACUGGAGAUUCCACCCACACCCUCUAGUAGUGCCAGUGCCCCGUCGACGGCUCCUUCAACUCAGAAGCAUAAUGCUGAAUUACUAGCCAUUCAGAAUUCUGCGCUAACCUUGCAAUCAACCACGGGGGCUCAAACGUGUGAUCGUCACUACUUUUGUCCUAUCUUCUGCUCCGGAGCGACGAAUGCGGUGCUGGAUCCGCAGGGAAAAUUUUACAUUUCUUGGCUGUUCAUUGUAUCGCUGUCUUUCCUGUACAAUGCGUGGGUUAUCCCACUGCGGACUUCGUUCCCCUACCAAACUCCUGAAAACACAAAAUACUGGAUCGCUGUUGACAUUUGCGCUGAUGUUAUCUAUCUAAUUGACAUCCUGUUCGUUAAGCACAGAAUUAUGUACUUGUUUGAAGGUUUUUGGGUCAAGGACACCGAUCUGACGCGUAAGAAUUAUAUGAGGAAGUUACAGUUUAAGAUGGACCUCCUAGCCCUGAUGCCAUUGGACUUGCUCUAUUUGAAAUUCGGUACCGAACACGUGGUAUUCCGGGCGCCUCGUCUGCUGAAGAUUCAAAGCUUCUGGGAGUUUUUCAAACUGAUUGAUCGGGUUUUAUCGUCACCACACAUUAUACGAGUCGUCAAGACGCUCACUUAUAUGCUGUACAUGAUUCACCUGACCGCCUGCUCGUACUAUGCGUACAGCGCCUAUCAAGGUCUCGGUUCGAACCGGUGGGUGUUCAACGACAAAGGCCACGCGUACGUCCGGUGCUUUGCCUUUGCCACGAAAACAGCAACCUCCAUCGGCAAGAAUCCCAAACCGGAAAAGGAAGGUGAGCUCCUAUUCAUGACGGCUGCCUGGUUGAUGGGCGUAUUCGUAUUUGCGUUGCUGAUCGGUCAGAUUCGGGACAUCAUUGCUACUGCGACCAGAUCAAAAUCCGAAUACAAACAACUGGUGGACGAAACGUUGGAGUACAUGCGACAGCUUAACCUGCCGACCGAUCUCCAGCGGAGGGUUAAGAUGUGGUUCACGUUCACCUGGGAACAGCAACGUAGCUUGGAUGAGACGCACAUUAUGGAUGCUCUGCCGGCUAAUUUGAAGACCGAUAUUGCGAUAUCGGUUCACAUUCAGACUCUGUCCAAGGUACAGCUGUUCGCCGAUUGUGAGGAAGCAUUGCUUCGGGAGCUGGUGCUCAAGCUGAGAUCGGUAACCUUCCUACCAGGAGAUCAUGUUUGCCGUAAGGGGGAGGUUGGGAAGGAGAUGUACAUCGUGAAAACUGGACAAGUUCAGGUUAUGGGUGGUCCUAGAAAUGAUGUCGUGUUAGCUACGCUGUAUGAAGGAUCGGUGUUUGGGGAGAUCAGUUUACUGGCGAUCAAUGGAGCCGAAGGCAAUCGUCGAACGGCUGAUGUCCGAUCGAAAGGAUUCUCGAAUUUGUUCGUUCUGUCAAAAUCGGACCUAAAUGAAGCAAUUGUAUACUACCCGAAUGCGCAAGCCAUUCUGAAGAAACGUGCCAAGAGUUUGAUGCGCAAGAAUGCAGCUCGUGAGAAAGCGGAAUCUCAGCAGAGUAUUGACGCCACCGAUGGUGAUACGGAUGUGGUCAUAAAUAAUCCUAAUCAUGACAAGUCUCCUAAACUGCUGAAAACGGUGAUUCAAGCACUGCCGAGGGAGUCGGCUGCAGUGCAACUGUUGACGCAAGGUUUCAAAGGUGAUCACACCAAGGUGGAAAUCGAUGAGCCGUCCAAAACGAAUGACGAUACUGCUUCGAUUCGUAGUUUAGAAGUGCACACCACUCAGGUGCAGAUAGAGAAUGAAAAGAAUGUUGAGCUACCCUGUGAUUUGGUUUACAGUAUUAAGAAAGAGCUGAUGGAUAAUAACAGCUAUAUCAAUCUGACCGAUACGGAGAAGUACAAACUGUUGAACGAACUGUCCAAAGAUGAAUAUGAACGUCAAAAGUCUCCUGUCUGAAUCGUGCUAAGCUAGUGCUAGUCUACAAUUUUUAACGCUUCUAAUUCAUAUGAUAUUUGUAUACUUUAUUGAUAGUUUCUUGAUGUGAAUAGAUUUAUCUGAUUGCUGUAAGCAAAACUGAUAUCACUUUUCUAAGCUGGCCAUUGUAAACUGCCGCUUAGAGCAGCGUGUGGCAGAUUGUUCCUGGAUAUCUAUAAAUUACCUGCGCGGCAUGAAGUGUGUAUACUUGCAAAUUGGAUUUGCAUUUAAAUGAACGUUAGUUACUGUGGCCUCGUAAAAACA